GGAGCUACAUCCGCAAAGCUGUGAACGUAUCCUUUGGGGCGCUGAUCAUCUUCCUCAGCAUUCCAGUGGUUCUCAAUCUGAUUAGUUCCCAGCAAAUCAUGAAUACUUCCUACAACCCCCUCAGGAUCGUCAAUACCUAUGGAGCAUUUGGAAGCGUAACCAAAGAGAGAACCGAGGUUAUAAUCCAAGGGACUUCCAGCUCAGACCCCAAUGAUCCUGCUGCAGUUUGGGAAGAGUAUGAAUUCAAGUGUAAACCAGGGAAUCUGCAGAGGAGGCCCUGCCUGAUCAGCCCCUACCAUUACCGCCUGGAUUGGCUCAUGUGGUUUGCUGCUUUCCAG